UCCAUGGUUCUCACAUGGUCAAAUUUUUCACAUAGCAAACUCUGCGAAGCUGCUAGGUUAGCAAGUUAAGUAAACUGCAGAGCGUCAUGGCCACCGAUUUCCAAGAUAAUGAGUCAGAUGUACAUUACAAGCUUGGUCUAGAGCAGUCCCCCAGGAGGAGUGAAGAUGAAGACUUGGACAGUGAUUUGGAUGUUUGUCUACUUGAUGAUGCCUCCUCUGACAUCAGAAAGAACAUGUCUGACGUGCCGGAUGAAGACCUGAGCGAUGACCUUUUGCACAGCGAUGAGGAGGAGCUAACGAUCUGCUACAAUGAUACAGUAGACAGCAGCCAAGUCACGACUCCUCUAAAGCCACCUUUGGAAACCCACGAAGAAAUCCCCACUGAAAUCAGAGAAUCUCCCCUCUCUCCGGGGGAAGGGCCAGCGGUGGACCCCAGGGGAAGUGAAGAACCUGAAGGUAAGGUCAUCUCUGGUCAAGAUGAGGAGAGUGGCCACAGCAGCGCUGCGAACGCCACAGCGGCCGAAGACUCAGGCAAAUGUGCCAGAGACCAGGAGAGCGAGGAUGAGGCUGUGGACGUGGAAAUCAAUGAACCGUUCGAUGAUGAAUUUCAAGUCAUCGAGAUCAAAGAGCAGUCUGACCUAGAGGCAUCCACCACAGCUGAAACCACUAAGGAGAGCUGUAAUGAUGAGGAUGAUGAGUCCAAUGAAGAGGAAGAGGAUGAACAGUCCUGUCAUUCCCGCUUUAAGAGUGAAAGGAAAGAGGGCAUGGUGGUUGUACGCUUGUCAGACGGAGCUCGUCAGAGGAGAAACAUCCCCGAUACGUUAGAGCUUUCAGGUGAUUGCAGAACUGGGGCCAGAGACCCCGCACGCCGGCACAUCGCUUGUGGAGGAGCUGGGGGCCGUCGACCACCCUCCAACUAUCUAAUGCUUAGCAGGAUGGAAGUGAGAGGCUUCGACCCAAGGCCGCAACCCCAGGCCCAGCGGUCAAGUGUGCAGCCGCCGCUGCCGAGCCAUCCACGCCCCCGGGCCCCUCAACAGCGCUACUUCAGCCCACCGCAGAGCUACAGCCAGCCAGGCCACCAGGGUAGGGCUGCACCCCAGGGACCCGCACGUUCAGUAGCCAUCCUCACUGGACGUUCAUCUCCUUGGGUUCGAUCAGGUUCAGGCGCUCGGGUUUUAUCAUGUGUGUCGUCAGCACAUCCAGUGCCCUUGAUGUGUGCACAAAGCCAGGCCAAGCCUGCUGUGGCUCCCCAGUGCCUCUCUGGGGUGGCUGCGGCGGGCCCGUCUCACUUCCCCCAGCCCCUGCGGUCCCAGCAUGCGGAGCCCUGGAGGGGACAGGCGCCCCCAAAGGAGAGGAGGAGCAGCGAGCCCCUGGUCCCCGGACAGCAUAUGCUUGAUCAGUGGCGCUGCCCUCGUCCACUGGACUGCAGUCCCAGGUUGCCUGGCCAGUCCCACAGGAGGCCACCACCCCCGCUGAAGCCACGGAUGGAGCAGAGGCCGUGGCUGGGCCCGGCGCUGGAGUCUGGGUCUGGGUCUGGGUCUGGGUCUGGACCAGGGAGAGAGAUGGGGAGGCAGGCCGGGCUGGGGCAGCCACUAGCGGGGCACAGAGAGCCCCUGAGGUCUCCCCUUCCUCCACCUGCCCCCUAUAAGAUGGCUCUGAACUCAGGGCAGCUCCACUCCAGACCCUUCCUGCCCCAGAGUCAGGUGUCGCCCCAGUCCUGCUCCCCCACCUCAGAAAAGCCUACAGCCACACCCUGUGUGCCUGUUCAUCCUGCCAGAUCUAAGGUCACACCUUGUUUUACCAAGCCGAGUGCCUUUGCUGAUGCAGCACCGAGCCACACUCAGAGUCCAGUGCAGGCCCAGGCUCAGGUCCAGCCUCGUCCACGCAUCCCUGGCCUCCCGCCAGUCCGGUCUCCCGCACGCAUCUGCAGCACGGACGCCUUACGUCUGACUCUGGCGCCGGCCGCGCAGGUGAGGCCCAUCACUAGGGGCGAGCUGAGCGCCAAGCCCGCGGUGGUUGCCAGGGGAGUGACCGCCACGGCCGUGCCCGUGCCAGUGCAGCGUGCCAAGGCGGAGGCGGCUGCCAGCAGCGCUCCGGAGCCCCGGGCCCCUGUGAGGAAUGUGGGUCAGAAGGUCAAGGAGGAGCCCCCGUCUCCAGUCCGGCGCGCCCGGAGCCCCCCGGCCGAGGCCUGCGUGAAGGCAGAGGAGAAGGAGGAUGAGGAGACACAGGCCUACAGGGAGAAGAUGGAGGAGCAGAAGAGGAAGAGGAUGGAGGUCCUCCGUCAGAAGGAGCUGCGCAGGCAGCUGCAGGCUAAGGAGAAGCGGAUGGCCCUGCAGGAGUCCACCAGAAUGCAGCGAGUGGGCCAGGGCCCGGUGGAGCAGCAGAGGUGGCCCAGGGAAUGUGGCCAGCCGUGGGGCCAGGCAUGGGCAGCGCAGCCCUACCAGACAGCCCAGAGAGAGUUUCCUCCACCUCCACCACCAUGUCAGUUUGACUCUGAAGGUGCAUUUCUCCAGGGGCCAGACAACAUGGGACCUGUUCACUUUAGAGAGGUUCCGCGAGAUGGACCGUCGCCAGAAGGACCAGCCUCUUUCCAGCAAAGCCAGAGAGGGCCAGCACAGAGCUGGACUGACCGUCUCCAGCAGUCAGGAGUCCAGCCUCCCCAGCAGCCAAGUCCGCAGAGGGGGAUUCAGGUUCAGUGCCACAUAGUGCAUGAAGGCCGACCCAACGCAGAGCUCCGACUCGGGCCGCUCUCCUCGGAUGCGGCUCCUCGGAGCCUCCAGGGUCCUACCGCCUGCCAGCCCCAGCCUCAGGUGAUGCCUGCACCCCCGGCAGAGCCGAGCGACUCAGCGGAACUCCUGUCGGAUGAUUUAGAGUCUGGCCCGUGGCCGCCGCUGGAUCCGGACGAACAGCGCUGGUUUCGGCCCCCGAAGAUAUGGACUCCCCCGUGGAGGCCCCAGAAACGGAUGCAGCCGUGGGUGCUGGGGGAGGAGCAGGAGCCCGUGCUGCCCAUCAGGCCCAUGCUCAAGAGGACCGUGGCUCAGAGAGAGGACCACUGUGAGGACGAGGGGCGGCCGCCGGUGAAGGUCAUUCGGCACAUCACAACAGAGGAGGAGCACAGGGCACAGUGCUUUAGCACCAGGGAUAUUGCUGUGAAACAUCAAGACCACCUUAAUGUGACCAGACUCAUCACUGUGGGAAGACCCCUGCAACAGCCUGACCAGCUGCAGAAUAUACAGGACAUGGAUGACAGAGGGGGCGUGGUCUGUCACAUGCUUGAACAAACUGGAUUGUGGAGACGGUGCACAAAUUCACUGCCAAACUCCAACUUGAUUGUGAAGAUCAAUUAUUGAAAUGACCCAAAAUUACAACAUAUCAUUCUACUCCUGGAGAGUACAGUACAGAAGCACAAGUUGUGAGAGAAAUGUCCCAUUUAAGUGUAGUUUCUGCAAGGCCUCAGAGGCUAAUAUUAUGUUAAGAUUUUGUCACUUAUUUCUGGAAAUACCUUGCUGCAGUUUUAUGUUCAAAGAUGUCUAUUAAGUUGAAUAUGCUAAUGAAACUGUCUUGUGUUUCGAGGGGAAAUAUUUGUUUCUGCAAAUGCUGUUAAACUGGACACAAAUGUGUGUUGAGUCUUCUGUGUCCAUUUUAUUUGAUGCUCUACUUUUUUAUUGUGUUUAUCUUUUAGGAUUAGUGGAUUUAUUGUGUUGCAGUUUUAAGAGGUAAAAAAGACAACAUUUUAUGUAGUUCUAUGUGGGUGGCACUUAAUUGUAUAUGUUAAAUGUUUUUAUUUUUGUUGACAACUCCG